AUAAAAAGAAUAUCAGUUCACUUGUAGAUUUCAUAUUCUUUGUGUGUUUACCUAAUUGUUACUUGUUCUACUUUCUAAUUGUUUCAAUUUUUCUUCUAAAUUGUUUAAUUCUACCUGAUCAGACUUUCUAAUUAGUUUAAUUAACAGUGUAUUCCAUCUUAUUGUCCAGUAAACAAUUGACCAGAAAAAGAAAAUGGCUUCGCUAAAAUCAUUCGUCUUCUUGUUCACCUUAAUCUCUGUCAUGUUUGUCUUCACCCAAGCGAAAGUUUUACCUCGAUUCAAUAGACAGAUCGGAAUUCUGCCCGGAAUCGGUGGUGGUUACGGAAUGGGAACCGGAAUGGGCUACGGAAUGGGCGGUGGUAUGGGUGGAGGCAUGGGUGGUGGAAUGGGCGGCGGAAUGGGCUACGGAAUGGGUGGCGGCGGAGGAUUAGGCGGCGGCAUGGGCGGUGGUAUGGGCGGUGGUACUGGAUAUGGAAUGGGCAAUGGCUAUGGUUAUGGACGUUAAGUCCAAUUUUCCGCUCCCAAUGGAUUUGUUGAUCACAAUUGUCAUUAAAUUUUCACAAUCAUCAACAUCCAAUCACAGUGACAAUUAGUUAAUUUUUAAUAUUUGACUCUUGGUAUUCAUACAAUUAACCAAAGGUUUAUACACUUUUCUAAGGACAAUAUUUAACUCUCUUCUAAUUGUUUACUAAUCAACACUUCUAAUAAUAAGCCAAGAACUAUCAAUAACCAUAUCAAUUGUGUAAAUCAAACAAUUUGUUAAUUGUGUCAACUUUUAAUGAAACAACUGUAAAGACUUCAUCUGUAUACUUAUCAUAUACCAUUGACUUUUAAUUGUAAAACUAAAUGAUUGUAAAUUGUUUUAAUUUCAAUCAAUACGUUUACACGUCGGUGUAUUUUCAAUAUCAAUCAAAUUGACAAAAUUAAUCAAUGAAAGGAAUAAAAUUUAAUUGAAAAAACAA